GCGGAGAUGCAGGGCGGGAGGAGCGCGAGCGCGGUGGCGGCGGCGAAGGAGGCGGCGGCGAACGUGGGCGCGUCGGCGUGGGCGGGCAAGGAGAAGACCAAGGCCGUGGUGGAGGAGAAGGUGGCCAAGGCGAGGGCGCGCGACCCGGCGGAGAAGGCCGCCGCGGACGCGCGGAUGGAGGAGCACGUCCGCGGGGUGGAGGCCGCCAAGCGGGACACCAUGCGCCAGAACGCCGCCGCUAAGGAGCGCGCCUCCGCGGCCGAGCACCACCCGACGCCGCUCGGCGUGGCCGCCGCGCCGCCCGUGCCCGCGGGGCCCGGCGUCCACGUCCUGGACCGCUCCGCGGUGCCGGCGCCGGCGGCGAACGCAACGGACGGCGGCCAUAGUGCUACUGGUGGCGUGCCGGUUGGCGCGGCGGCGAGGCCUGAUGCAGCUGCAGGUGCAGGUGCCGGUACCGGCGGCGGCGUCCCACCGGCGAGCGGCACGGCCUGAAGAGGGGAGGGGAUGUAUGAGUAGCGUCGUCGAUCGUGUGCGCGUGGCUGUGCAGAUUGGCUGUUUAAUGUAUGAGAUUUCCUUCGCAUUGCUGUGUGU